UAAUAAAGUGCACACAACAUCAUCGUCAUUCGUACGACAAAACACAAAUCCACAACACAAAAGCAAUACGAAACGAAUGAACGACUCGGAAAGUCAUUGAGUAGAGUGAGCGAAGGAAAUAUUAUUGUGAAAAGUUUGUUAUAUAUAUUCACAAUUCGCAUUAUUCAAUCGUGAGUUGAUGUCGAACGGUGCGGUUUCCAUAUUUUUUUCUUCUCAACGUCUCUUCGCAAAAUUUUUUUUGGGGUCUACGUGAAUACAACGCUCUUAAUCGCAGUUGCAGAGAAAAAAAAAACGCAUUAAGUGUUGCAAUUUUAAUUUUGCUGCAAAACGAUUUUCAAUUGUUUGGGCAUAUAUUUUUUUUUUUAUUGUGGACACGUGAAAUCGUGAUUGUUUUUUCUGUGCUAAAUGCUAUUCAAUUUGUGAAAUAGACAAAUAAACGAACAGAGAAUAAAAAAGAAUAACAUAAAAUGUUCCGUGAAAUUUGAAAACAUACAGACAUAAUAUAAAAUAGAUCACACAUAACAACAUUAAAUUGAUUCUUGAUUGAUGUACUCUGUAUUGGAUAGUGUUUUCAUUUGCCAUUUACGAAACAUUGAGCUAAGUUAAUGGCAAUUCGUCGAUAGUUCAAAAAGAUUUUUGUGUUUACUUUACCGUAUGUGUGUGUGUUCAGUUUUUCACGAGAUACCAAAGCAGAAGCAAAACAAUUUGUUGUAGCCGUUUUCGAGAGACUUCAAGUUACACAAAAGAAACCGCAUUGGAGGUGAAAAUCAAUUUCUUUUUCGGAUGAAACGAAACGCGAUCCGCAAACAUGCCGAAGGAUUAUGAUUAUUUGUUGAAAGUGUUGUUGGUGGGCGACAGUGAUGUUGGUAAACAUGAAAUUAUGGCCGGACUGGAAGACGCUUCAUCAGAGAGCCCAUUUUGUAGUCGCAGUGGAAAUUCAUACAAAAUCACAACAAUUCUGCUGGAUGGUAAAAGAGUGCGACUGUGCAUCUGGGAUACGUCAGGUCAAGGAAGAUUUUGUACAAUAAUUCGAUCAUAUUCGCGUGGUGCACAAGGUGUCAUACUGGUCUAUGACAUAACAAAUAAAUGGAGUUUCGAUGGCAUCGAUCGAUGGCUAAAAGAAGUUGAAGAGCACGCGCCUGGAGUGCCGAAGGUUUUGGUUGGAAACCGAUUGCAUUUAGCUUUCAAGCGCCAAGUGGCGGCCAAACAAGCUGAACUAUAUGCAUCACGGAAUAAAAUGGCAUGUUUUGAAAUAUCACCGUUAUGUGACUUCAAUAUUAGAGAAUCAUUUUGUGAACUUGCCCGAAUGGCAUUACAUCGAAAUGGAAUGGAACGCAUAUGGCGAUCGAAUAAAGUUCUUUCACUGCAAGAGUUAUGCUGUCGAGCGAUCGUUCGUCGAACUUCAGUGUAUGCAAUCGAUCAGCUGCCAUUGCCACCGUCAGUAAAAUCCAAUCUAAAAUCAUAUGCGCUUACAUCAUCCCAAUGCAUAAACAUCAUGAACAACACAAAAAAGAAUGGCAGAUGCAAAUCCGGCGUACUUACAAACACAUUACCAAGUAGUACAAGGAACAGUUGCAGCAUUUCGUGAAGACAUUUGCACAGCAGCUUCCUCUUGACUACGUUUUAUUCACAGAUGAACAUGAUUUGAAGAAAAUCCCACAUAAUUUAUUUCACACGCGCAAUAAUAUUUGCGAGAUAAACCUUCCUUUCAUCCAUAUUAAUUAAUAAUUUUCCAUUUGAAUAUAAAUUAAUAUAACAUUUAAGCCAUUGUGAAUUGUAUAUGGUAGACUUUGUGUGAUCUAAACAGUUGGAUAUUUAGUCCAAUAAUUGAAUUGAAAUAUGGAAUUUUAUAUAAAAAAAACUCGAGGCGAUAAACACAAGGAACCAAACAGAAACAAACAUGAAAAAAUAAAAAAAUUGACCAAGUUCCCAAUCUUACCAUACACAUGUUUAUGUCGUAUAUCAUUUACUUCGAUAGCAAUUGAUCAUUUAAAAAAAAAUUAAGACCCAUCUUGAGAUAAAUGUGAAUGUUAUUUUAUUUAGAUCAUCGAUCACCUUUUUCGUAAUAACCUCAAAUAGAAUCUGACGCUAAAUGUCUAGGAAAAUAGCACAUCAUCACCCCAGUAGCAAAAGAUAUAAACAAAGUUGAUGUUUUAGUUGUGAUUUUGAUUUUGGUUUGGCAAAAAAAGGAAACAGUCCCGAAUACUUUGCGAGAAACAUUCAUCUAGAUUUUUAUUAUUUAUAUUACAAAAUCAUUAGUCUCUAAAUGCAGUGAUUUGUUUAGGCCCGAUUGUAUGUUCAAUCUUUCGUUUAGAAAUUUGGUUCACUUGAAAAGUUAUUGUUUUAUUUUUUCCAUCUGAAUUAUUGGCUGUUAAGCGAUUUUAUGUUAUAACAUUUCAUUUUGUACAGAAUGCAAUUUGUUUUAGUUUCUUUUUAGGACGAUUAAGGAGAUUAAUUAAGAGUUAUUUGAAAUGAGAGACCAACGGUGCAUACAGGUUGAUUAAUUUAACCUCAUUUUGUACUUUCGGUUUCACGAAAAAUUCGUUUGUUUUAUUUUAUCGAGGGAAUGAAAAUGAAACAGAAAAAUCACAAGGCUUCUAAAAAAGAGUUGUGUGUAAUCUAUACAUGCACUUCGUACUUGAUGGGUGUGUGUGAAAAAAUGUAAUAUUUAUUUUAAUUACAAAAAGAAAAAGGAAACAUUUUUACAAA